AUGAAGAUUGCAUGUCAUGUCACUCAAAUUGCCAAGUCUGUGCUACAAGCCGAUAACCCUCAGGAUAUCGACGCAUAUGAAUAUGAGUUGGCUACGUCGCCUUGCUUAUCCAGUCUCCUCGCCCGUGUUACCCGUUACAACUUUUAUAAAAAGGCCGACUACAACGGCGAUGCAGUGAUUGAGUUAGCAAAUGGACUAGCCCCCAAUCUAACCAAUGAACACCUGUUUUUCGAGUCACCAGGUCUCUCCCGUCUCAAUUCGAUCACAGCAUCUCGACCUCCAUGGCGAGGCUUCUUUCGAAACCGCUCAAAUUGCGAUGGCAGCUCGUUCAAAGGACACCUAAGGGAAUUAAGUCUCAACCUGCCAGUGGCUAAAACCGGCUUCUUCGGUACUUGGAAAGAUCAAAACGCCUUCGCUGAGCUCCUGGGUUUACAUCUGUGGAGGCAAUCGCGUCCGGACGAAAGUACUUCAAGCAUGCUGUUCAAGCGUGGCAAAUCUCUGCGCAAACCUUCCCUCAUAUCCGAAGGGCGGAUAAUAAAUAUGAAAAUCCUCGUCACGACAGAUUGGCUUGUGCGGACUCGCGCUGCCAGCCCCAACAUACAGGAACUGCGCUUUACUAUGUUCAUGACAAUCGGUGAAGGUGAGAAAGCUGUCUACAAUGCAGUUGGAGGAUUCCCCUACCUGAGGGACCUGAAGAUAUUAAUGGCUUGUAUCGGACGGCCCGAAGAGCGGGUAUCUAAAGAUCCAAAACUGCACUCUCGGUAUUAUGGAAACAUCGAGGUCAACGCUAGCCUGGCGGAGACUUUAUCAAAACAAUCAUCUUCCUUGCAACGUCUUGAUGUGGACUUCCACGCCAUGUACAGGCGCUGGGUGGAUAAUUACCAGUCCGUGAAACGCCGAUGCAGGUGCAUUCGGAUGGAAGAUGUAGGGGUCAGCGUGCGUGAGAUUGGGGAAGCAAAAUAA